AUGGCACCGCGACCCAUGAAGUCCAGGCUAAAAGGCGCCUCCCCUCUUGGACUUAUUGUACUGGUUGAGGGGAUUUUCGCGGCCCAGAUCCGUCGAAUGGAACAGAGAGAGUUGCCUCGAAAUAGCUCCAUCCCGGCCGUGGCAGCAACGGAACCCCUGGACAACUAUAUCUCAAUCGUCCAUCAGCUUCUUGGCCCCCAACCCUUGAGCCUACCCGUCUCGAUCAAUGUCCCGGAUUACGUGUCAGGCCUUCCGAAUCGUCUGGAGUCGGGUGACCUCCAGUAUCUCGAAAACAAGGGGGCUUUGUGUCUUCCUACCGCCAGAUUUCGCACGGAACUGCUGAAGAGCUACAUCUUAUGGGUUCAUCCGCAGGUACCUAUUUUGCACCUGGAGUCUUUCCUGUGUACGAUCGCCAAGAAUGAUGGCAGCAAUAGUAUCAGCCUUCUAUUAUUUCAUGCGGUUAUGUUUGCUGCCUCUAUGUUUGUGGAUAUCUCGCAUAUCCACGACGAGGGGUACACGUCGCGCCAGGCAGCUCGCGACGUAUUAUUUCAACGGGUAAAGACUCUCCUAGAACUCCAUUGCGAAGACGACCGUCUUUCGACGGUCCAGGCAUUACUCUUGCUGAUCCAUUGGAAUGACCUACCCGAUGCUGAAAAAGACACCAGACACUGGAUGGGUAUAUGUCUAUCGCUGGCGAUGUCAAUCGGUCUUCAUCGUAACCCCGACAGUACCGCUCUAACCCCAUCCCAGCGACAGACAUGGAGGCGUACAUGGUGGAGCGUGUACAAUUAUGCCCAGCUGACGGCGCAUGAUUUACUUGCCAUGAUGCGCAUAAAAGAGAAUUGUGAUGAAAGUCAGCUGUUUGACACGACUAUGAUCAAUCUGGAUGACUUCCAGUUCAGUGUAUCCUCUCCCGAAGCACGGGCUGUUGUCGACUACUGUGAAGUUAUUUGUACGAUCGAGUAUCAAGUGAUACAGGCACAGGUUUUCAUCGAAAAGACCAGACUCUGUCAACUGUCGCAGUUCUCACGAGUGUCCAGCCAAGUGAGCAAUCUAGUGCAUGAAACCAACGGACCUGACGACAAGGUAUCUUCCACGAACCCCAUUCCGCAUCCAGACGAGGCAGAAAAGCUACAGAAAUGGCAGCUUCAGCUACCAUCUGCCGCUCAGCUUCAGUACCCAGCGGUGAUGACCCCUACAGAAUGGGAACGAAGCAUCUACUUGCAUCGGACCUGGCUGCGACUGCUCUACCUGGGAUCGGUAUACGCAGUGAGCUGCGACAUAUCUCCGAUAGAUCAGUGCAUUUCUGAAAUUACCGAUCUCUUCGAUGAAAUCCACAGUCUGGAUUUAUCCCAGAACCUUCCAUGUUCUUCGACGGUCCUGCUCAUUCUGGUGCUAACCUACCACCGACGUGCUCUUGACACGGGAACGGCACGAGUGCAGGCUCUGAGCGCCCGUACAAUACAUAAAUGCUGGAACAUGAUUCAAAGGAUAGGGGAGACGUCUGAACUGGCGACUCGCAUAAUCGCAGUUAGGGAUGCCGCGCGCGAUUCUGUGUGGGAACGUCUCUUGAGAUUGCUGUCAAUAGGGAUAAACGCACAGGACGGCAUCGAUCAAAUUGAUGAUAAAAGUUCGAAUAGCCCAAGUUGUAGCAAAUAA